CUAGAUCUGAAGAGAUCAACCAUUCACUUCACUUGGAGGAAAGAGAGAAGGAAGGAAGCCUAGGGCUUAGCAGGCAUCUGGUCCCCAGGUUCACUGGACAUGGCUCCACGUUCACAGCAGCGAAAGCACAAGAAACCGCCACCAGUGACUCCCAUGGUUGAAAUCCCACCAACAGGAGUGUCUCCACUGCCUCCAACCCUCUCAAAACCUGGCCCUAGUAUUGAUGCACUUGGCUUCAUUUCCUUGGACAGUAAUGUACCAGGUCUUUCACAGUUGAUCCUUCAAAAGCUGAACAUGAAAAGCUAUGAAGAAUACAAGUUGGUGAUAGAUGGGGGAACCCCAGUAUCAAGCUUUGGAUUUCAAUGUCAACAAGAAAUGUUCCAGCGGAUGGAGGACACAUUCCGAUUCUGUGCUUACUGUAAAGCACUCCCUCAUGGCCUUUCCAAUUACAAGGUUCUCCGGCGCUGUAAGAGGUGCAGAAAUGUCUAUUACUGUGAUACAGAAUGCCAGAGGUCAGAUUGGCCAGCACAUAGGAAAGUUUGUCAAGAGCUCCGUCUUGUGGCUGUGGAUCGUGUCAUGGAAUGGCUUUUAGUUACAGGUGAUUUUGUCCUCCCCUCAGGACCUUGGCCAUCACUGCCUGAAGAUAUACAGGAUUGGGAUACUUGAUUUUCAAUGAGGGGUUUACAGCUAGAGUCUACACUGAAUGCUGUUCUCAGUAGCCAUGCUAUGACCAUGCUUUGGGCCAGUCUACAAAGGCCACAGCCAGACCCAGAUGUCCUGCAUGGCUCUUUGAAGAGGUUGAUGACAGAUGUUCUGUCACGGCCCUUGACCCUGGGCCUAGGGCUUCGGACUUUGGCAAUAGAUGUUACAAAGACUGGGGGAAGCACAUUGCAUGUGGUUGGUGCUUCCCACGUGGAGACAUUUCUCAUUCAUUCUGGAGAUUAUGAUGAGCUUGGCUACAUGUUUCCUGAACACCUUGGCUUCCAUGUGAUCAUGGUGGGUGUGGAUGUGGGUACCAACCUUUUACAGAGUUCACCGACUUUACCCCUGGAGCCUGGAACAAUUCAGCUUAGUGGCCACAGGGCCCUGUAUCAUGACUUCUGGGAAGAGCAGAUAGAGACUGGGAAUCUAGCCCGUCCAGAUUUGGUGGCUGCAUUCCAUCCAGGUUUCCAUUCCUCCCCAGUCUUGAUGGAAGCUUGGCUACCUACCCUGCUGCUACUUCGUGACUUUGAGAUCCCGACAUUGAUUACUGUUUACAGCCAACAAGAAUUGGAAGCCUCUUUGCAGAUUUUGGUGGACUUGGAUACACACAUCAUUGCUUGUGGAGCUAAUCCUUUCACAUCUCUCAAACCGGAACAGGUCUAUUCUAACCCAAAUAAGCAACCAGUAUACAGCAGUGCCUACUACAUCAUGUUUCUUGGAAGUUCCUCCUACCAACUAGAUAAGAAGCAAUUAGAAGAAAAAGCUGAUGAUUUUUCAAUAAUUGAACCAAAUCCUAACUGAAUUCCUGGAAAAUGGAAGCUUAAUCAAAUUACCCUAUUGAUGUUGAAUUUUUGCCAGCUUUGAACCCCUAUUGUGUGCUAAACCUUAUUCACAGUCCAAGUAAAAAUUCUAAACCAAUGAGAGCUCUGUAUGACCAGACUGAUUUCUGGAUUUUCCCCUA